AUGCAAAAAUUGGCUAAAGAUACGCGUAUUCAGGAUGCCGCUACCCCAGCUCUGCUUCACCCUGAUUUCCACAAAAGGAAUGUCUAUGUCUCAGCCGAGGAUUCAACUCUCAUUACUGGUGUGCUUGAUUGGCAGUCAACAAGCAUUGAGCCUGCGUUCAUUUAUGCCAAUGAGACCCCUGAUUUUGCUGCACUGCCAGAGGAGCCAGAGGGAAACACGCUCGAGAACGGAGUCGAUAAGCACAGAGCCUCUGGCCAUAACGAACAGGAAUGGAAAGACGCAUCAAUCUGUUACCAGACAUAUGAUGUUUGCAUGAAGGGCCUCGCUCCUAAACUACGCCCCGCGAGGUUACUUGAUCCGACCUUGCUUGGAGUUCUCCAAUAUUGCCAUACGACAUGGAGGGACAGCGCCAUGGCUAUCCGCCAAGAGUUAAUUGAGCUUUCAGCUCGCUGGACAGAACUGGGACUGCAAGGCUCAUGCCCAUUUUCUCCGACUGAAGAAGAACUCAGGGAGCACGCUCGAGACUAUGAAGACUUUGAGACCAUUCAAACACUCAAACUAUGGCUUAGAAACUCCCUCAAUACAAAUUCGGAUGGCUGGGUUCCGAAUGAAUUAUGGGAUGCUGCGAGAGAUGCCCAUCGCGCGGCGUAUGGUGAAUGGAUCCAGACGGUCAGGGAAUCCCAGUCUCGUGGCGAUAGUCUGACUGUGGCAAAGGCGGACAAAUUAUGGCCAUUUGAUGCUGGAUAA